AUGUUUCGUCUUGUACUGCGAAGUUCUUUGGUGUGUACUUGGGAAGUUUUGUUUGUUUACAACCGAAGAAAACAUUCUCCCAAACAUGCCGACUUAUGAAAUGCCAUUAUUAAUUAAAACACUUAGUCGGCCAGAAACAUUUGUUGUACUGAAACGUGCAAGUCAAACAAUAUUUGAUAAAGGUGGUGUCAUACGAAAGAUUGAAAAUCUUGGGACACGCCAGUUACCUUUCAAAAUUAGAAAGCAUGGUCUUGUUGAGAAAAAAGCCAGUUACUUUUUGAUUGAGUUUGACACUUCACCAAAAACAAUAGACUACUUGAUUGACGAAUUUCACAGAGAUGUAGAUGUCCUGCGUUCCAGGAUUUACAGGUCACAUGAAAAAGAAGAGUUUGAGUGCACAUUUGAAGAGGAGUGCCUGCCUGCAGCAUACAGGAAAGAUGUUCAGAAGUUGUUAGAAAUAGCAAAAAAAGAUGCAAAACCGAAGUUCAAACCAAAUACGUCUCUGGAUUACUAUCCAUUCAACAAGUAGUGAGGAAGAAACAUGAGAAUUUAGCAGCAGUUCUGUGAUAUAUUUCCACUGUUUUGUCAUUGGACGUCAGCUUUUAAGAAAAAGAAAAAAAAGCUAAUUCCAAAAAUAUUAGUGGUUUGGACAAUGCUCACAUUGUAAAGUGUCACAUUUAGAAGUCAUCAACUGAUAAUUUUUUUCAAGCAAAACUGAUGUGCUUUCAGGCAAUGAAAUGACAUAUUGUCCAGUACAUUAUUUUGUUUUAUUUUCAUUUGUUAAUUAGGUAUAACUAUAAUUUGAACUUGAGUUUGUUUGGUAGAGCCACCAUCACUUGAAAGUCAUGUAAUUUAUGUAACAUGCAGAAAUAGUGAGAAAUUUAAAAUUAAGUGUUCACUCAAAAUAUUCCAAAGAAAAAUGGUGUCAUACUUAUAGCAGGAAGUACAAGAAAAGCUCUAAUUAAAACUUGUUUAUUAAU